GACCGUCUGCGGUCACACUACUAAGAAGCCAAUUGGAACAAGGAGAUUUUUCUGCCGUGAAAAGGUUCCAAAAAGGCCACAAGUGCCUGAAUAUAGUGAAAUUAAUUGUUAAUAACACACAAAGAAACAAGUGCCUCAAACAAGUGUUACUUUAUAGGUGCAAGAAUGGUGAUAGCAUUAGUCCAGUAAGAAUUUUCAGAGAGCCAGUAAUUUUUGCAGCUAACGACUAUUGUUUUGCCGGCUGUUGUAGCGACAAUGGACGGCGUUAAGGUUGAGGCGUUCAUCAAAAGCGAAGAAAGCCGAGCGAUGCCCUUGAUGGGAGGAGGCGGAUCGUCUGGAGGCACACCGCUCGGAGGAGGCGGCGUGGGAAUGGGAGCCGGAGCAUCCGCCACGUUGAGCGUGGAGCUGUGCCUGGUCUGCGGGGAUCGGGCCUCAGGACGGCACUACGGGGCGAUCAGCUGCGAGGGCUGCAAGGGCUUCUUCAAACGCUCGAUCCGGAAGCAGCUGGGUUACCAGUGUCGCGGGGCCAUGAACUGCGAGGUCACCAAACACCACCGAAAUCGGUGCCAGUUCUGCAGGCUGCAGAAGUGCCUGGCCAGCGGCAUGCGAAGUGAUUCUGUGCAGCACGAGAGGAAACCGAUUGUCGACAGAAAGGAGGGGAUCAUCGCCGCAGCGGGAGGCUCAUCCACUUCCGGUGGGGGAGGCAGUUCCUCAACCUACCUCUCCGGCAAGUCCGGUUAUCAGCAGGCGCGUGGCAAGGGGCACAAUGUCAAGGCCGAGGCAGCGGCCACGCCCCCCGUGCAUAGCACGCCAGCAACGCCCUUCAAUUUGAAUGAGAAUCUUUUCCCAAUGGGUCUGAAUUUCGCGGAACUUACGCAGACAUUAAUGUUUGCCACCCAACAGCAGCAGCAACAACAGCAACAGCAGCAGCAGAGCGGCAGUUAUUCUCCGGAUAUUACAAAGGCAGAUCCCGAGGAUGAGGAGGACGACUCAAUGGACAACAGUAGCACGCUGUGCCUGCAGCUGCUGGCCAACAGCGCCAGCAACAACAACUCGCAGCACCUUAACUUUAAUGCGGGAGAGGCACCCACCACGCUGCCCACCACCUCGACAAUGGGCCUUAUCCAGAGUUCGCUGGACAUGCGGGUGAUCCACAAGGGACUGCAGAUUCUGCAGCCCAUCCAAAACCAGCUCGAGAGGAGUGGCAAUCUGAGUGUCAAGCCCGAAUGCGAUUCAGAGGCGGAGGACAGUGGCACCGAGGAUGCCGCCGAUACUGAACUGGAGCACAUGGAUCUGGACUUUGAGUGCGGUGGUAACCGAAGCGGCACCGGCGACUUUGUGGUCAAUGAGGCCGUCUUUGAACAGGAUCUUCUCACCGAUGUGCAGUGUGCAUUUCAUGUUCAACCGCCGACUUUGGUUCACUCGUAUUUGAAUAUCCAUUAUGUGUGCGAAACGGGCUCGAGGAUUAUCUUUCUCACCAUCCAUACCCUUCGAAAGGUUCCCGUUUUCGAUCAAUUGGACGCCCAUAGUCAAGUUAAGCUUCUAAGGGGAGCCUGGCCAGCUCUGAUGGCUAUAGCUUUAGCUCAGUGUCAGGGACAGCUGUCGGUGCCCACCAUUAUCGGGCAGUUUAUACAGAGCACUCGCCAACUGGCGGAUAUCGAUAAGAUCGAACCGCUUAAGAUCUCGAAGAUGGCCAAUUUGACCAGGACUUUGCACGACUUUGUCCAGGAGCUCCAGGCGCUGGAGGUCACGGAUCUGGAGUUUAGCCUACUGCGAUUAAUAUUGCUGUUUAAUCCCUCCCUCUUGCAGCAGCGCAAGGAGCGGUCGUUGCGAGGAUAUGUCCGGAGAGUCCAACUCUACGCUUUGUCCAGCUUGAGACGGCAGGGAGGUAUUGGAGGCGGCGAAGAGCGCUUUAAUGUUUUGGUGGCUCGAAUUCUUCCACUGAGCAGCCUGGAUGCGGACGCCAUGGAGGAGCUGUUCUUUGCGAACUUGGUGGGUCAAAUGCAGAUGGAUGCUCUUAUUCCAUUCAUCCUGAUGACCAGCAAUACCAGUGGACUAUAAGUGGUAAUGAGGAGAAUCGGAGGCAGGCAAUACAGCCGGGCCGCCCAAAAGCAAGACUGAUGAUGGACCAAGUGCGGGCAAUACACGUAGCAAUUAGGAAAAUCCCCAUUAAAUAUAUAUAUUUAAUAUAUACAUUUAGCAGACAAUAUUCUUACUGUAAACCUUGGGUUUAUUGUUGUUCACAUAUUAAAUGGAAUCGAUUUCCCUAUAUAUAC